CAUGUCUAAAGUAAAAUAUUUCUAUGAUUUGCUAUCGCAACCAUCCCGUGCCUUAUGGAUUGCCCUGCAAAUGGGUAAAAUACCCUAUGAAGAUUGUCCGGUAGCACUUAGAAAAUUGGAACAACGGACCGAGGCAUUUAAGAAAAUUAAUCGCUUCCAAAAGGUACCAUGUAUUGUGGAUGGGGAUUUUCAUUUGAGUGAAUCGGUGGCGAUUUUAAGAUAUUUAUCCGAUAAGGGUUUAUUCUGUGAAAAACUCUACCCAAAGGAUAUUAAGGAACGUGCACGUGUCGAUGAAUUUUUGGAAUGGCAACAUUUGUCUAUACGUUAUGGUUGUGCCUUCUAUUUUGCCCGCCUAUGGUUAUAUCCCAUGAGAGGUAUGGCUGAAAAACCAACUGCAGAAGAAGCUGCCAAAUUUCGUAAAGAAAUGGAAACACAUUUGAAAUAUUUGGAAACAAUGUGGCUGAAUGAUAGAAAAUUUGUUAGCGGCAAUGCUCUGACCGUGGCUGAUCUAUUUGGGGCAUGUGAAAUUGAACAGACAAAAAUCUGCAAUUACGAUGUCACUAAGAAAUUUCCCAAAAUCACUGAUUGGUUAGCCAGAGUACGUGAAGAAUCAAAUCCAUUCUAUGAUGAAGGUCAUAAGUAUGUCGAAAAAUUGGCGGCGUUUAAUGCAAACAAUUCAUUAGUUAAAGAUAAUUAA